AGAAUGUAGAAAGCCGCCGCCCGGCCCCGGGUAGAUGGAGCUGGCGGAGCCCGCGAGGAGCGGGGAGUGAGCGGCGGAGUGGCCGGACCCCAGCGGACUCGCCAUGGAGGAGGAGGGUUUGAAGGAGGGAAGUGAGAAGCCUCGGGGAGCUCGGACAGCAGACAAGGCUGGCUGGAUCAAGAAGAGCAGUGGGGGCCUCCUGGGGCUCUGGAAAGACCGCUACCUGCUCCUCUGCCAAGCCCAGCUGUUGGUCUACGAGAACGAGGAUGAACAGAAGUGUGUGGAGACAGUAGAGCUGGGUAGCUAUGAGAAGUGCCAGGACCUCCGUGCUCUCCUCAAACGGAAACACCGGUUUAUCCUGCUAAGAUCCCCAGGGAACAAGGUCAGUGACAUCAAAUUCCAGGCACCCAGUGGGGAAGAGAAAGAAUCCUGGAUCAAAGCCCUCAAUGAAGGGAUCAGCCGAGGCAAGAACAAGGCUUUUGAUGAGGUAAAGGUGGACAAGACCUGUGUCCUGGAGCAUGUGACACGGGACCGGGUGCGGGGGGGCCAACGGCGUCGGCCACCAACAAGAAUCCACCUGAAGGAGGUAGCCAACGCAGCUUCUGACGGUUUUUUGCGCCUGGACCUCGAUGUUCCGGACAGUGGGCCACCAGUGUUUGUCCCCAGCAAUGAUGUCAGUGCGGUCCAGCCCCGGGAGACACCUCAGCCCCUUAUGCCUCCUACCAAGCCUUCCCCAGCACUUGAGAAGACCAGCCUUAGUGAUAAGGUGGAGCCCCCUUCUGGAGACAGAGCCCCAACCCCAGUCUCAGCCAGCUCUGAAGCCCAAUCUGAGAGCCAGGAGGACUCGGAGAUCCUGCUGGGGGAGGACAGUGGCUCUAAGGAGCCCCCCAACAGCAUCUUGCCUGACAAACUGAAGGUGAGCUGGGAGAGCCCCAGCCUCAGGGAUCUCCCUGUUCUGGAGAGUGCUGAACUCUCCAAGGUACCUUGUUCUGAGACUGCAGAGGCUUCCCCUAGGGGUGGGAAGCCCCCUACACCCCCACCCAAGAUCUUAUCGGAGAAAAUGAAAGCCUGUUUGAGUGGGAUGGAGACUUCUGAGCCAGCCCAGAGUUCUGGGACCGCUGGGUCCUCUGCCCCAGGCUCAGCACAGUUCUCAGUGAAUGGUGUGGAUGAUGGUCCUGAGCCUAAGCCAUCCCAAGGUGCAGGCGCUCCAGGAACUGCCCGAGAGGAUGCAACGACAUCCACAGCACUGCCCCCCUGGGACUUGCCACCUCAAUUCCAUCCCCGCUGCUCCUCCCUUGGAGACCUGCUUGGAGAAGGCUCCAGGCAUCCACGGCUGCCCAGGGAACAGCUGUAUCGGGCCCAACUGGAGGUGAAGAUAGCCUCAGAACAGACAGAGAAACUAUUGAACAAGGUGCUGGGCAGCGAGCCACCCCCUGUGAGUGCUGAGACAUUGCUCAGCCAGGCUGUGGAGCAGCUGAGGCAGGCCACUCAGGUCCUGCAGGAAAUGAAAGAUUUGGGAGACCUAAGUCAGGAAGCCCCUGGGCUAAAGGAGAAGCGGAAGGAACUGGUGACCCUCUAUAGGAGAAGUGCACCGUAGGCCUGCUGGGCCAGAGGCGCAGGUCCUCUUGGCUGCGCCCAUCAAAGCCCAGCCUUGUUGAGAAAUGAGGUCCAUUGGGUAUGUCAGGGUUUGGUUAGGACCUGAAGAAACUCCUGGUGUCCUUCCCACUCUGCCCUGGCCAGUGGUGCCAGGUGCCAACCAGCACCACUGUCUGUCUCUCUGGCUUGGCCUCACCUGGGACUCUGUGCUAGGAGCUCACACUCAGGUCCUAUGUGCUGAGUGAUUGUUCCAAACUUCCCCAGGGCUUUGGCACAGUUCUUGGGGUUUCUAGGGGUGGCAUCAUCUCUGCUCCCCACCCCCAGUAGUUUACAUUCCUGACUUCUGAAUAGAACACAGCUGAGCCCCACUGUAGUCCCUCCUCUCAUCUCUAGAUGUUCCCAGACAGCCUCCAAGUCAGCCUCCUUCACACUUAUUCUGAAUGGCUUCAGAGGCCUUGGGUGUAGGCUAUAGGAUCAUCCCUCAGCUGGGUGAAACCUGGGACUCAGCUAGGGCCUCCUGAGGCAGAUGCUUCUGUCUCGUGAGGAAGGCAUUUGCUGUGUGGCCCCUCUCUGGGCCUGUUAAUUUUUCUGCAAAGCAAGGGCAUUUUCUGCAGCCUCCUUCUCUUUGAUGAGCUGCAAUUGGAGGCACAAGUCUAGAGCAUUUCAGGAAAGAAGAGGAACCAGAGGGUCUCCUAACUUGUUUUUUACUUCUGGACUAGCUGUGUCUAGCCUUGCACACUCCCGAAGAGGUGAACCCCUGAGUGGCCCAGUGUCAACAUUAAAAAAAACCUGUAUGUGAUUAUCAUAAAUCAGCCCUCAGAAUUCCCCUCCAACUUUUGUGCCUCCCCAGAUGGGACUUAUCUGGGUCUCUGUGGUUCCUCCUCAAAUCAAACAGGCCCAGUGUCUCCAUCAUCUCCUCAUACACUGAUGGGGCCUGCUGGAGUCUGACAUCCCUUCCCUCCCUCCUCUAGCCCUCUUCAGCUCAGACCCCUGGUGGGUCACCCCUCCUAACUUUGUAGUGGAAGGAGGAUUUUCUCCUGUCUCCCUUCCUGGCCCAUUCCUGGUCCCCUCCCAAGUCCCCUCCCAAAUUGUGCCUGGAUCUGGGAGCACAUCCAGUUUCAUCCUGCUGCAGCAACUAGACUGAGGGUGGAGCUUAGGGGUGGGGAUGGGGGCAACUUCUCUAGGACCUGCCCAGGAGGUUUCUCCAUGUGCACUUUUGUUUACAGAAGAGAAGAGAGGGCGACAGCAGCAUGCCCUGGCCUUUCUGCCUACUGCUCCACCCAUCUUUAGCCACCAGCCAUGCCCACUGAGACCUGCCAGUGCAGGUUGAUGUCUUCAUUACUGUACUGUCACUUUGUUCUUGAGGGCAGUGGGCAGAGAUCAGAAGAGGCAGGUCUCCUCUUUGGUCUGUACCCCGAUGGUGCAGAGGUGAGCAGCAAUGCCAUGGUUCAUGAGCCCUCAUCAUCCUUCACAAACCACAGUCCUUAGGCUCCUAUGCCACAGUAUGCCUUUCUUCCAUCUCUUCUGUAUAAGAGCAAGAAUGUUAUCAGGUGCCCAUCACAUGAUCCCCUGUCAUCUUCCCUCAGGGAACAGCCUCCCCCAUCAGCAGCCAGGACUGGCUGGACUUUAGCCAAGUCAUCUACUGCCAGGAAUUGGGCCUCAGUUUCUUCUUCUGUUGGCGUGGCAGGGCAAGUAGGUCUAUUCCCAUGCUUUGGCCACCUUUCUGCCUCUCCCUGGGGAGGAGGCAUUCUGUGUCCUCUGCUUAUGAAGCGCCUUUUUUGAAGUUUGGCAAUAAAUCCCUUUUUAUGAAACUUA